AUGGAGUGUCCAAUAGAAAAGGAGAAUUCGCCAGAGAACAAUUUGGCAUCGGAUCGACCAAUAAGCCCCGAAAAGAAGAUACCUGAAGAAAAUAAACCUGAGGAAAAGCCACCAGAACAGCAACCAUUAGAAGUGACACCCGAAAAACAGAAUUCGGAAGAAGCAAAAAUAGAAAAAAGGAAUGCUCGCCGUCGUUCAUCAAUUGGAUUAUCAAUUUUAAAUAGCUUAAUGGCUCCAGGAACAGAAGAUAUUCCAAGCCCGGUGGACUUAAAACCACGUCCGAAAAGAGCCGUUCAAGUAAAAUAUGAGCAAAAGAAGCCAGUUGUUCCUGUGAUCAAACGUGCCAAGCCGAUACGAUAUUCACAAGCCGCUCAGAAAGUCAUCAACAAAUACAGAAAGAGUAGAAGUAUUGGUGAAAACAGCACCCCACCAAUUGAUAAAUCUUCAAAACUGAAGUUUCAUAAUAUUUGUUCAAUAAGAGUCAUCACUCCCCGUCCAUCAUACGACCCGUUAAAUUUGGCUUUGCCGGAUGAUGAUCAAGUGGCAGCGAAUCGCGAACGACUUAGUACAGUUAAAUUAGUGUUAACACCAACAUCUCAAACGAUGAUUGAUUCAAUUCGAGAUAGCGAUGUUGUUCAAUUCAACGCAGAAAUGGUUUUUGGUGAUGGUGAUCUGUUUGCGACAACAUCAUCGUCCUGUGAAAAUGUCGUAGAAAGCAGUGUUGAGACCGCUGAGUCUUCAGUGUCUAGUGAAAAAGACCUUGAAUCACAGGAUGUGAGAAAGAAAUCAUCAAGAAGAAAAUCACUGAUCAAAGGCUCUGCCUCUCCUUUGAAAUCACCGGCGAAAGUUGAGAAACCGAGAAACACUGAUUACGAGGAUGAAGUAAUUGAAUCUAAACCAACUCGAAAAUCUCGUAGAUCGGUUCGCCCAAAUUCUGAUACGAUCGAAAAACCAGAGAAUUCGGAUGACGGUGAACUCCAAGAAAGAGAAAAAAACAGUAAAAAGAAGCGGGUACUUGUUCCGGAACAAGAAAAAAUUGAACCGAAUCCGAAAAGAAGUCGCCGAAAAUCUGGGUAUCUGAUACAGGAAAGUGUGGAAACAGUUACUGAAAAAACUGAGGGAAACUUCGAAAAGAAAAAUGUUACGAUGCUCAGUUUUUUCACUCCAAAGUCUUCUAAAAAGAAAGAAGAAGAUUCUAGAAAAGCAAUAGAAAAUGCGAGAAAGGCAGAAGAAAAAGCGAGAAAAGCAGAAGAAAAUGCAAGAAAAACAGAGGAAGAAGCUAGAAAAGCAGAAGAAAAAGCGAGAAAAGCUGAAGAAGAUGCUAAAAAAGAGCGAAAGAAAGCUCGUCGAUCUUCAGCUUACUUCGGUACAGCUGACAGAAGAAAGAACACUGUCAAAGAAGUUUCUGAAGAACCAGAUAUCGUUGUUAUUUCUGAGUGUGAGACAAUUGCUUCUUCAAAAUCCUCUAAUAAAGUCGAUUUGGAAGUGAUUGCUGAAACCACAGUCAUUGCUACAACCUCUUCAUCUUCUUCCUCUUCAUUGAAAAGCAAAGAAACUGUGACAACAAUAUCAACUUCUUCAACGAGCGAGGCUUCAAUAUUUUCGAAGCCACCGAAGAAGGAAAUAUCAGGCAUGAAAUUAAACGAGGCAUCAACUUCUGCACCAAAACCUUCCUCGAGUGCUCCGAAACUUUUUUCGUUAUUCUCACCGAAACCCAAACCGAAACUUGAUUUAAAUAGCUCUCAAGAUCCUAUAUCUCUUUCGGAUAGUCCUGUUGUUCCGAAAAUUAAAGAAAUUCCAAAGAAGUCAAUUGGUGUAAAACGAAAAGAACACUGGGGUGAUUUGCAUCCGGAAAGUUAUGAAUACAUGCUGAAAAUGCCUUCCCAGCCGAGUGUAUUUGAUAAAGAUACAACUUAUACCAUUGAUGAGAAACUUUUCAAUUCAAGAUCUUUCGAUGAAAGUAUACUCGCUGUGGACUCUGUAGACUCUGAGCUUCGACCAAUCGAAUCAAAAGUUCCUAAUCUAUUGUUUCCGAGAAAAUCAACAGAAAAUUUAACUAUUGAAAAACUCUCAGUUCCGGAUGGCGCUUGUACAACAACCAUAUAUCCGCCAGACAUGAAGUCUCUAGUUGAAGGAUCGGAAACGGAAGAUCAGAUCAAUAGAUGGCUGAAUCGAUGGAAGCGACGAGUCAGAAAAGAUCUGGAGCGAGAGUUGCAAAAAGAGAAAGAAAAGAAGAAUGGAGGUUCAAAAAGAGGCAGAAAGAAAAGAGACCGAGAAGAAGAAGAUUCUGAUUAUGAAGAAGAAGGUUACGACGAUGAUCUAGAGAACCCAUUGGUGUUGAUUGGGCCGACUGGAGUUGGGAAAACCGCACUGAUUCGAGCAUUAGCAAAAGAAGCAAAUAUGCGAAUCAUCUCAAUUGGUCCUGAAACAGAUCGAUCUGGUGCCGAAAUUAAGAAGAAGCUUCAAGAAUCGAUUCGAUCUCAUCGUGUCGAUCAACAACCGACUCGUUUUGAAACCACAUUUUUCAAAACCAUUAGCAGUCAAAAAGAACCAACACCCAGAAAACAACCGAAAGAUUUCAUACAAAGUCUGAUAGUUUUUGAACAUGUCGACGUCUUCUUUGAUACAGCUGAUCGGUUUGGUGUCAAUGGACUACUGGAAAUUGUGAAUGAAUCGGCAGUUCCAAUAAUAUUCACUUGUCAGAAUGAUUGGCCACGCCGAACGGCUCAAACUGAAUUAAAAAGACCUUAUUUGGAAGUUCGAUUGGGGCGAAAUGAUUGUAACAUUCAGAAAUAUGUGCAGAGAGUUGUGUAUUCCUGUCGGAACGUCAUCAUCGACGAUUCUACCAUCCGCCAACUCUCGGAAUCUGUGGAUCACGACUUGCAAGGACUUCUCCGACAAGCUCAUUUGUAUUCUUUGGCUCCCACGAAACCAUUUCCACUCACUUCAAGACAACUCGUAUCCAGUGGUUUUGACAAAGAUUGGGAAAGACCAGGAGGAUCGUCUUCAAAAACUCAUGAGAGACUAGAACAUCUCAUGGAAGAGUAUUUUGACGUGAUUCCUGAUGGAUUUUCGGUAAUAAGUCAUCCGGAAAUUCGAAGAAUUUGGGACGAUGAACGUCGAGAACUCGCAGUAAAAGAGACAAGAUACUCCGAAAACCUUCAAAGUAUUUAUGAAGCUUUGAAUGGACGGCACUCUCGGAAGGAACUGAUUCUCGAUGUCAACCCAUUUUUGGUUCAAAUCGAUCGAAUCGAACGAGAGAAAAUUUCGAAAAACCGGAGACACUUUCAUCACUUCAAAGAGCCUUCAGACAUUCCUGUUGAUGGUCAUACGUUGUGUGAUUUCAUUGGAGCAUGGAGAAUCAAUCGCCACUAA